AUGGAGGCGGUGUUGCUGGAGCACUUCCCCGCGGGGUUGGACUCUUUUACCUCAGCGCCUUACUUCGACGACGAGGACUUCUUCACCGACCAGUCGUCCCGCGACCCCCUGGAAGGCGACGAGCUGCUGGAGGCCGACGUGGACUUCCUGUCGCCUCAGUUCCAGGCCUGCUACCGCGCCGGCGGCGGCGACGGAGGGGCCUGCGUUGGCGCCGGGCCCGGGGGUCAGCCGGAGGGCGCCUUCUGCUGCGAGGGGGCGGCGGGCAGCUUCUCGUCGUCCUUCUCGCCGCCGUCGUCGCCGUCGUCGAGCAGCUUCGGGGCCGAGUGCUGCGGCAGCGCGGCGUCGCCCCGGGCGGGCCUGAAGGCGCUGAGCGCGGCGGCCGCGGCGAGGCGCCGGCGCCGGGUGCGCUCCGAGGCCGAGCUGCAGCAGCUGCGUCAGGCGGCCAACGUGCGCGAGCGGCGGCGGAUGCAGUCCAUCAACGACGCCUUCGAGGGGCUGCGCUCGCACAUCCCCACGCUGCCCUACGAGAAGCGCCUCUCCAAGGUGGACACGCUGCGCCUCGCCAUCGGCUACAUCAACUUCCUCAGCGAGCUGGUCCAGUCCGACCUGCCCUUGCGCGGCGCCGGCACCCAAAGCCCCUGCCAGCCCAAGAAGGUCAUCAUCUGCCACCGCGGGACAAGUAAGUGCGGGCGCCGCCCUCCGCCCGGCACCCGAGAGAGGCGCGCGCGCUGGCCGGGGAAGGAAGGAAGCGCUUCCCGCGCUAAGGUGGCUGUCUCGGAAAGCCGCUCCGGCGCGCGCCUCAAGACGCAGGCGCCCUCGCAGUCUAGUUCAAGCGCUGCGCUCGUGCUUGCCUCGCUUUCUCCCCCAGGAAGACGUCUCCACGCUGGCAUCCCCCACCCCUCAAAACUCCACCUUAAGCUCCUCUUACACUCUGCCACACGUUUUUCCUCCCUCCCAUGGGCGCAUGAGCCAACCCUGGCACGCAGACAUACCCAACAACAGCACCCACUCUCGGACUUUUAGGGUUGGCAUUUUCACACGCGGGGAGACCCGCAGACGCGCGCGCAGAAAAUCUCACCCGCACGUACCCGGGCACAUUUGUUGUACACAGACGCAAAUGCAAGCAGUCCCAGAAAGAUCAAGACGAAGGAGCGCACGCUUGGGGAGACGGCAGGCGCUCGCUGUUUCUAAAGUGCGCUUCUCUCGUCCGCGCCCGCAAACUCUUCAGGUCUAGACAACUAGAGGUUGGAAAGGAAUCGCCGCCACGACUAGGCAUCUCUCUCUCUCUCUCUCUCUCUCUCUCUCUCUCUCUCUCUCUCUCACACACACACACACACACCCCACACACGCGCGGCCAAGCGAGCGCACGGAUUCAUGUGCGCGCCCUAGCUUCAGGAGGGCUCGUCCUACGGAGUAGCACACGCAUAUGCGCCUUUUGCGCGAAUACAAGGCGCCUCAUUGUGGUUAGGAAAAGAUUUAGAAAUCUGGCAGGUUCAAGGGAGACUCCUACGUGCUAUGCUAAAAGUUUCUUCUAACCCCUUCCGCACUCUAAAGGAAUGCGCUUCCUAGUCGGUGUUUUCCUCCAAGCACUCAGGAGCAGUCCGGGUGGAGAAAAUACCUUUUUGGGGGGAAUUGGGAUGCAGAUAUUAAGAGUUCUCUCUAUAUUAGAUAGAUAGAUAGAUACAGUAGAUAGAGAGAUAGAUAACCGCAUAGCGGUGUGCGUUGCUGCUGCUUGCAACAGGCGUUGAACGCCAAGGUUAGCCAGAGCACCUGCUGCUGUCCUGCGCUACAAUAGCCUAGAGAGAAAACGGGGCGCUUUGGCGCAGGUGUUGAUUCUUCCCUGUAUUCGCUGAGAAUAUUGCGAUUGUGAUUCACCCCUCUUCCUCUCUUUUCCUCCAGGAUCACCUUCUCCAAGCGACCCAGAUUAUGGGCUUCCUCCUUUGGCUGGGCAUUCUCUCUCCUGGACUGACGAGAAACAGCUGAAGGAACAAAACAUUAUUAGGACUGCUAAAGUGUGGACCCCUGAAGACCCUAGGAAAUUAAACAGCAAGCCUUCCCUAAACAACAUAGAAAAUGAACCCCCCUUUGACUUUGUAGCAUGAAAUGUGAAAGUUACUGGGUUGUAAAUAUCAAUAAUCUUUAUUACCAGUGUACAUUUGUACUUAAAGGCGUAUAUUUUUCAAAGGUACUUUACAGAAAGGUAUUCUAAUGGC